AUGAGUUAUAAUCGGUAUAAUAAAAUUGAAUAUCCAUGUCGAGUUGAAGGAUGGUUAUAUCUUUAUGAUAAAAGUAAUGAGAACGAGUCCUCACAUCAUAAAAACGAUUCGUCUGCGUAUAAAGAGAUACCAGAAUCAGCAUGGAUACCAAAUUUUUGUGUUCUAUUGCAAGAUGAACAAACAUUAACAGCGUACAAAACCGAAGAAUUAUCGAUAAGUGAUUCAUUAUUUGUUGAUUUACCACGCGUUCGCUUAGACGGAUGUUGCGGCAGUGGUAUAGGAGGAAAUGGAACAAAUACAAGUGGUGGAGGACGAUGUCGUACAAUUCGACAUUGGCCAGAAACACCAUCGUUACCUGAAGAACCCGAAAAUGAUUAUGAAUCAAAAUCGAAUAAUCAUGAAUUCUUAGCAUCUCCUCCGAAUGGUUUAAAUGUAUCAGAGGAUGCUGUCUCCUUACGUGAAGAACAUUCUCAUGCAUCGAAUGAUGGUUCAGACACAUCAUACGAAAAAGCAUGUCGUCGUGGGAGUGCCCCAACAACCCCAGUCCUCGGUGGAAGUGGAAACAGUACAAACGUAAAUACAAGUACAAACCAGAAUACAUCAUCCGAUAACAUAACGCCCUCAAGAAUAUUAAAUUUUUUUGCAAAACGUUCAUUUCGAGCGAAUCCAUUAAAACGUACAAAAUCCGUGGCGAAAUUAGAGCGUGGAAAACGUACAGUACUUAGUAACGCAAACACUAAUACAGGGAGUACCAAUGGCAGUAGUACAGGAAGUUCAAGUUCAAGGCUACGUUCUUCACGAUCACAUGAGAGUUUAUUAUCCGGGCAUUCGUUAAUCACAUCGUUAGAUUUGGGAUCGAAUCCGGGGAAUGUUGAAAUUAAGGAAGUACAUCCAUCAGUAUUAGGACGACCACAUUGUUUUCAAGUGAAAUUAUCAUCGGAUGAGCAUAAUCCAAGAUAUUUUAGUUGUCAGUCACAGGAUGAACGGGAUAAGUGGAUUUAUAGUUUACGUAAAUCGGUUCAACCGGAUGUUGAGCAUACACGUCGUACAGAUAAUUCAUUAAAAAUAUGGAUCCUAGAAGCUAAGGGUAUCAUCAAUAAAAAACGUUAUUUCUGUGAAAUAUAUUUAGAUGACACCCUGUACGCACGAACCAGUAUUAAAUAUAAAAAUGAUUUAUGUUUUUGGGGCGAACAAUUUGAUUUUUACACUCUGCCAUUACUUUCAAAUAUUUAUAUAAAAAUUUAUCGAACUUCGGACGACAAAGUGAACAAGAAACAUUUUAAAAAGUAUAACAAUAAUAAUUACAUCCAUAAACAAAUUUUAAUUGGUACCGUAAAUAUUGGAAUCAAAGAUGUCGCCUCAAGAUAUCCAAUCGAACGAUGGUAUCCAAUUGUAACUACAUCGAAUGCUUCGAAUUCGUCAAGUAACACUAAGGAAACAACAUCUUUACGAGUUAAAUGUCGUUUUCAAUCGAUUGAUAUUUUACCAGUCAAAAUUUAUUCCGAAUUUUUGGAAUACUUAAAAAUUGAUUAUAAAAAAGUAUGUGAAAUAUUAGAACCGGUAAUUGGAGUUAAAGCAAAAGAGGAUAUUGCCACUUCACUGGUUUUAACAAUGCAAUCGGAAAAUAUGGCACAUCAAUUUUUGGCUGAUAUUGUUAUGAUGGAUAUUUUACGGGUCGAUGAUCAACGGUUAACGUUUCGUGGUAAUAGUUUGGCUACGAAAGCUAUGGAAGCAUAUCUGAAAUUAACUGGCGAUCGUUAUUUAAAGGAAACAUUAUCAAAUGUUGUAUGCAAUGUUUUGGCAUCAAAUUUUGAUUGUGAAGUGGAUCCGUUGAAGGUAAUGGGACCCGACCAAUUAAAUAAACAACAAAUGAAUUUACGUUCAAUGGUUGAAAUGGCCUGGUCAAAAAUAUUACAAUCGCAUACAAAUUUCCCGUACGAGUUACGUGAAUGUUUUGCAUUGUUUCGUGAACGUUUAAAAUAUUUGGAUAAGGGUGAUAUUAGUGAUAAUUUAAUAUCCGCAUCCAUAUUUUUACGAUUUUUAUGUCCAGCGAUAUUAAGUCCAAGUUUGUUUAACAUCACACAUGAAUAUCCGAAUGAAAAAGCAUCAAGAAAUCUAACAUUGAUUGCAAAAACAUUACAAACUUUAGCAAAUUUUACCCGAUUUCAAGGUAAAGAGAAUUUUAUGGAAUUUAUGAAUGAUUUUCUGGAACGUGAAGCAAAAGAUAUGAAAGAAUUCUUAAAAAAUAUAUCCACACGUUUACAAACAUCACCAGAACAUAAUUCAGCGCCCACUUAUGAAUUCGAUGGUCAUAUUGAUUUGGGUAAACAGUUGAGCAUAUUAAGUAUGCUACUUACAGAAUGUUUAACGAAAGUUGCACCAACUAAAUUACAGGAAUUGGAUGUAUUAAUAAAAAUAUUAGAGAAUUUACAAUUACAUCAAUGUUCAGUUGGUACACAAUUUAUCCAACACAGGCCACAUUCAACAGUGUCAGCAUCAUCAGUGAAUGUGUCAACACCACUCGCACAUACAGUGAUACCAACAAUACCACAAUAUCAUUUAAAUAAUGAUAACUCAUGUAUUGUUGAGCAACAUACAAAUUCAGCCCAUCAUACAAAUCUAUUCAGAGUAUAUGAUGCUGGUUUAAAAACAAGUAACAUAAAUUUAACAAAUGCUUCAAAUAAUAACAUGGAUGAUAAUCGCACUUUAUCAGUCGCACAAAAUCAUCAUCCUCAUCCAAACAUGUUAUCAUCGUCAGCAUCCUCAACAUUAUCAUUAACCAAAAAUAAUUAUUUAACCGUUCAAAAUUCAUCAACCCUUGAUAAUUAUCAUUUGCAUCCUCAACACUACCAAUUAUCGUUGAAUAAGUCCCCAAAACUUGGUGUACGAGCUUCAACUCUGCCUCGUAACAAUACCACAUCAUCGUCAGCGUCCUAUAAUAUUAUAGAACCAGCUACAGCCUUUAUUAGUAAAAGUCCAACGCCGAUGCGAGUCCAUCAUGUUCAAAACGAUAGUCCCCACCAUCAUCAUCCUAAUUUGGAUGAAUUGUCUGAUUUGCUACGGUAUGCUGAUGAAGAGGAUGUAAUGAAAGGUUCAAACAUGUCAAUUAGCCAAAUAUCGAAUGUGGCCUCGUCAGGAUAUCAAAGUUUUACGACCGAAUCGAAUUCACCGAUUGAUUUAACAAAUCAAGGACAAUCAUCGAUGCAACGAUUGAAAAUGAAACAAAUGCCACCACCUUUAGCGUUUGCCAAUCCGGUUUAUCAACGAUUUAAUAAUAAUCAUUCAGAUGACGAACAACUAAAAAAUCCACGGCCAUAUCCUCGAACAAAUCCAUUAAUCACAUAUCGUACAAUACCAACGACCACAAUGAAAUCGAAUGAUCUCGAAUCGAAAAUGUAUAGGCGUUUAUCAUUAGAGAGUGCUCGAGAACUAUCAGACACAUCAUCGGAUGACGAUUCAACCACUAAAUAUCAUACUACAGGACGUUGCCAUAAUAAUAAGUUACGUUUAAUGAUUGAUACAGGGUGUACGGGUACGAGUGAUAAUGCACCCAACACACCAAGUAGUAAAGAGAGUGUUGAACAUUAUGAACGUCAGAUUGAACGUUUACAAGCGUCCGUCGAUGAGUUGAGACGUAAGUUAGAACGUUCUGAAUAUGGUAAUUCAACACCGGAUCUAUGUGUGACUACAACCACCAUUGAUAGUGACAAUAAAAUGAAAGAAAUUAUUAACAGAUUAAUAAAUGUUGAAGAAGAAUUGCGUCGUGAACAACAAAAAAUGUCGUUAGCUUUGUCACAUAAACAACGUGUGAUCGAAGCUCAAGAACAUCAAAUUGCUGCUUUAGAUGCUGCAAACAAUCGCUUAUUAUCUGCUUUAAGUACAUUAAAACUUAGAUAUAAUAAUAAUAAUAAUAAUAAUAAUAAUCAACAAAGUACGACUACAUCAUCAAACAAUAAUAAUCAAAAUGAUAAUACAAUGUUAACGGAUGUUAACACCUUAAUUAAAUCAUCAAAAUGUUAAAAUUUUUAUUUAAAUACCAAGUGCCUCCCCUUUCCCAUCUUUUACAAUAAUAAAAUAGAUUACUAGGUAAACGAUCUCUCGAUUGUGGCACUCAAGCACAGAAAUAAAAUAAAACUCAGUCCAAAAAUAACGAAAACCAUUAAAUAAAAUACAUUUUUCUUCCCUGCGAGCGGAAAAAGUCUACUUUCGUCCCACUUUGCUAAUCUUAGUUGCCGCUUUCCGCCUCCGUCGAGCAGAAAAUAGUAUACACACCACGGGAGCAAGUAAUGAAGUUUUCAUGUUUGUCAUCUUCGAUUUCGCCUCAGGCGACAAUGAACAUGAAAUCUUAGACUUUCUUUACUUUUGCUUUCUAGAUGACUAACAUACUAUUUUCGGCUCACUUUAAACGCUUUGUGUCGCGUAUACGAAAGAGGGCAUCUUACGUAAGGGGGUCGAUUAAAAUGACCCAUUCUAUAUAUUAUAUCCGCGUUUGGGUCCAAUUUAUAUUGACUGUGGGCACUCUGGUAUUUUUAAAAAUGUUGCUGGUCAACCAA